UCUGAGUUGAAUCUGACUUAGGUCAGUGAAGUGAGAGCAGUGGCUGUCGUAAUGCUGGAGUGUAAAAUAGUCGUUGCUCUGACUUCGCAGUUAACAUUUAGUUACUUAACUUCAUUUUAGUCUGCGCGUCGCUGGAGACUUUACCACACCGUGGAGCAUAACGUGUAUUGCUUUGAAGUUACAGUUUUGCAGGUUUAGCAAAUCCAGGUUAGGGUUGACUUGGUUCUAAUGGAGGUCAGUAAGGCCUUCAACCUGGAUGAUGACAUGGUGGAUGGAGACCUUGGUGAUGGAGUGGGUGUCAGAGGAUCAUCCAGCUCCACAAAUAAGAAGAACCAAAGUUUUGCUGCUCUCUCAGAGACCCUGCUGCCCCAAGCAGAGCUGCUUCGGCGCAGUAGCCAGGCAGGAGAGACAGCUUGGAUUGCUGGAAUGAAGACUGCAAAGACAUAUCAGGGAUCCGACUGGCGGGUGCCACACUGUGGCUCCCUUGAUGACAUGUCCAAAGCUGAGCUGACAGACAGACUACAGGAAGCAAGAGGGGUGAUAGAUGUCUUGUGCUGUGAGCUGGAGGUGGCACAUCGUUACCUGGAAGGCAAAUAUCAAGCUCUCAAGAUAUUACAGGGAAAGGCCAUUCUUGACAAAGCCACAAGUCACACUAAAAGUCUCCUGCAGAAAAGUGAUGAGAGGGCCAAGGCUCUGGAGAAGGAGGUGAACAGUCUGCAGUGGGAGCUUAGCUUCAGCCAGGUCCAAAUGAAGAAGUUUGAACAAUCCUGGGAGCAGAAAUACAAUGGAAUUUUGAGUGAGAACAAGGCUCUGACUGACAACCUGCAGGAAAGAGAGAAUGAGAUCCAGGAGCUCCGAGCAGAGAGUUCUGUUCUAAGUCGGCAGUAUUUGGAGCUUCUAUCGAUGUUGAAUGUGAGGGAGCAGAGAACUUAUCAAGAAACCAGACCUCAGUACAGCUUAGAGAGAGACGCAAGUGUUUUGGAGCUGGCAGUCUUGGGCGCCUGCCGGUGUCUUGGAGUUGUGGAAGCUUGUCCAUGCAGUCGCACUGCUGCUAUCAGCAGGAAGCAACUAAUUCAGCUGCAACAGGAGCUUGACACUCAACGUUCAAGAAGAGAGGAGGCAUUAAUGGUUGCAGAUGCUUUUCGCAUCGCCUUCGAACAGCAGCUGAGGAAACGGAGUGACUGUUUUCUGCUUAUGGCUGAGACAAACAUCCUGAAAUCCCAACACUUAAAAGCUGCAGGUUCAAACAGUAGUCCUUUAAUCAGUGUAAGCCAGAGGUUGAGAGGACUGCUACCUUCCAGUUUGGAGUUGAAGACACCUGAUGGUCUUUUAGAAACUCUCUACAGACUGCUGGAAUUGCUGAAUGACAAGGAUGAGGCCUUGGCUCACCAGAGGAAGGUGAGCAUCAUGUUAGCCCACAGUGCCGAGGAACUGCAGAGACAGUUGCAACUAGAUUCACAUUGCCUGCCAUCAGAUCCAUCAGAGUCCUGCAUCCUGUCAAAGCAACCACAAGAUACAUCAGGGAAUCAUAACUGGUCUCAACAAACAACUGAUAUAUCAGAGUCAAACGUCCAAGAAAAGCUAGAGCUGCCAGUUCCCCAGCUUAGCCAGGAAAACCACAAGGCAAGUCUGUGACUGUUCCAUAGGAGACGUCAGCCCCAUUACAGACCAACAUCCCGCCCCUGUCUAACCACAAGAGCUAUGAUUCUAAAAUGAAACGUCCAGACCAACAAGAGUCCUGAUCCACUCACAGGAUCCACCCGAUGUCCUUCCUCAGCCACAGACACAGCAGUUAGGUUUGAAAAAAUAACCAAGGACGAUAUGGAUGUAGCCUGUGAGGCUGCAUCUGAAGGACUGGGAUGGAAGGCUAUGAUUUUCCCUGAUUGCUAACUGAUGUCCUUGAAAAACACUCAAAUGUAGUACUCUGGGGCUAUAAAGUUGAGAUGGGACAACAAAAGUGGAAAACCAAAAACUUUUCUGAGAACUUGUAGAAUUAGCGGUUACUUAUAUAAAAUGAAGCAUUGUCCUGAAUCAGUUUGAAAAUCAGAUGUGAAGACCAGUGAGUUUAUUUGUUUAUGUGUCACUUGUGUAGGUGUAUGACAGGUUCCUCCUUCUGUGUGAAGGAGAGAAUUAUCUACCUGAUCAAUGCAAUUGCUGGUAAUACCUUACAGGACAAUGUGAGAGAAAUUAACAUUUCUGUUUUGUGUUUCACUUUUUGACAAACAGUUUGAAAAAAAAAAAAUGAUGUGCAUGUUUAUAAGGAAAUAGUGUGAUAAUGUUUCAAAGGGAAAUUAGUAAAUGGAGGGGCUUAUAAAAUGUUUCACUAGAUGGUAUUUUUUUACCAACCCUUACAACCUCCAACCUUUUCAGCCUUGUAAUUUACACAUUCAAUGUGGUUUCUCAUUAUCAACAGCUUAGUCCUUCAGUCUAACAUUUCCUCUUCUGUAAAAUACAGAAGUAUUGGAGUUUAAAUUAAACACUCUGCAUGCCCUCUGUAAUUAUUAAUGGACAUUUUUGUGACGAGAGAAGUGCAGGACCAUGUCAUAUAUUUUGAAAUGUAAUAUCUAACCUUGCUUUUGUAAUAAAAAAAAGUAAUUGUACAACAGUUUUUGUAAAUGAGAUGCUGUACAUCUGAACAUUUGGUGGUGAGCUCUUAUAGUGAAACGAUCAAACCUAAUUGCAUUUGUGAAUCAUCUGAAGCCAAAGUAGUUUUUUGCGUUACAUGUUGGCAUAAAGGUCAUGGUUGUGGCUUUAAUUUGGCCGAAAUUGGAUCAAAAUAUUCAGGUGGAACAUGCUGUUGGAGUUAGUAAAAUAAGUGUAAUUGGUACUAAAUAUACAACUUUGAUGGGGUACUUGUGUUUAUUUGUUUAUUUAGAAGGAUCCCCAUUAGCUCUACCCUAAGACAGAGCUACUUUUAGUGGGGUCCACAUUUAAUAUAAAUAUGUUACAUUAUAGAUAUCGAAAGUUACUAUACAUACAAAUAGUGAUCAUAUAAUAUUACAAAUAUCAAAAAUAAAUUUAGUGGUUAUGCAAUAUUACCUUUGUCAUGAUAUAAAACAUUGAUAUAUACAAUUCAAUAGAAGCGAAAAACUGCAAACCAUGUAAGCGAAUACUACUCCUUUAUGUACAGUACCUCACCAUCUAGUGUCACAAGUAUGUUGAGCCCAAGUGUUUCUUUAUUUGCUUUUUGAACAUACAUUUACGUUUCACGUUAAUAAUUUCUGUUGGUAGUAGGUUCCAUGACUUCAUGGCUCUGUCACAGUGUGGUUGAUGAAAUGAAGAAUUUGUGUUGUUGCAUUCAUUAAAUAAUGGCUGCAACUGCAGCGGUCACCUAA